UCGGCCAUUGUGGAAAGUGGAAAGGACCUCGCCAAGAAAGGACAAAAUAAAGCGUUGAAAGGCAGAGAAAAAGGACAAGACAACAACUGUCGAAUCUGCCAGUAACUCGCGAUUGUAGAGAUGGUCCAAUCGUGCUCUGCUUACGGAUGCAAAAACAGAUAUCAUAAAGACAAAAACAUUUCAUUUCACAAAUUCCCACUAGCACGGCCAGACGUGUGUGGAAAAUGGGUUGCAGCCAUGAGGAGAAACAACUUCAAACCCACCAGAUACAGUAAUAUCUGCUCUCAGCAUUUCACUAAAGACUGCUUCAAACCAGAGUGCAACAACAGAGUCCUGAAGGAGAAUGCUGUACCUUCACUGUUCUGUUUCAGUAAACUACAAAUCAAGGCAGAGUCCUUGGCGGACCCGUUCCCUCCAGAGAUGGACUUCCCUCUGACCCUCCCCCUCCUCUCUGACCCAGAAGAGACCCAGACAGAAACGCAUCAGACUGUAGACCCCCUGCCCCUGGUAGAGAACCUUCCCCACAGCAUGUCCGUCUCCUGCGACCACAACUACACCGUAGAGGACACGGUUCAGCAGAAGAAGAGGAUCGAGCAGCUGGAGGAACAGCUGGACAAGCUGAGGAAGAAGUUAAAGACGGUACAGCAGAAGUGCCGGAGGCAGGAGAGACAAUUGAAGAGGUUUAAGGCUAUCGGAGAGUUCCAGAGGGCGAACAGGGACCAGGCGCUAGGGGAGGGAUAUGUGAUUCUACCCAAACAGCUUUAUGAUGUGCUCAAAGGGAUUGACCCCGUAGAGGGACUGUGAAGCCCCAAAUACACCUAGCCAUGGGCGCCAGUCUGUUUGUGCAAUGGCAAACAAUGGCUUGACUAUGAGCAAUGGAGUUGGCAAGACCACAAACCGAUCUGGGACCAGGCUAAAAUAGGACCCUGGUUUUCCCUGGAUCUGCCUUUUUCUUUAUUGGGGUGGUCCCAGGUUAUCAGUCCCUGCUUUACAAGGUCUGCGAGAGGACACAUCACCCCUCCUAACAGAGGUUUAGCGGAUGGCUAAGCGAUCCCUACUACCUUCCUGAGACCUGGGAGUACUGUCAUCCUGUAUCCAGAGGUGUCUUGUCUGGGUCAGUGGUAUUGAUGGUGAUUCUUGUGUAUGUUGUGUCAAGUGUGGAGGGUUGAGAGUUUGCGAACCGGUCGGGCGGAUUUUCCACUUGUCACAGACAUUUUUCUUUUGUAGCAUUUUAUUUCAUUUUCUUCAAGCCGUAAUCUGUUAAGGGCAAUCCCUCUGAAAGUACAAUGACUCUAUUUGGGGAGUUGUUUUAGUGUGGUGGAGGGAUUAACUCUGUACUGUACGUCAUUGUUUAGUAUUGGUCAAUCUAUGCCUACUGUUGGACAAAAUGGAAUGAUAAAAUGGAGGGUUUGUAAUUCGGUUGGCGCUUUCUCUUUCCACUGCAGUGAUAUGAAAUCAUUGUAGCCAACUGGUUGUCUGUCAGCUGUGUCACUUUGAACUAUUGUUAUGGCUGGGAAUCAACAACCUUGUGUUGGGUCAGGGGUUUCCAGUGGCGUUCUAGAAAGAAAACAUUGGGAUGAAUAUUGCUUAGCAACAACAGAUUUUGGACAAGGGAUCUGUGGGAAAGUUUAGAAGGCACAAUUUGUGUUGGUAUCCACAGUAACCCAUCAAUGAUGCAUCUUUUCAACUCAAUUCUUCUUGUAUUCCCCCCCAAAAAUGUUGUUUUGACCAUAAAUACGCUGUAAUUUAAACUUAACUGCAAAUGGCACACUGACCCAUGGCAAAAUGUGUAGAAUCACAGGAAAUUCGCUUUAAAACUGCAAAAUGUUGUCUGGUGCCAGGAGCCCGAGACUUGAAUAGUUGGGCCUUGCACUGCAGAGGUCAUAGUAAAACUGCUUGGAUGCUAUUUUUUUUUUUUAUGCACUCUUAAGUAGGAGUUGUGUUCUGAUAUUAUGAGGGGAUCCCGGAUUAAAUAAAAGUUUGGCAACCCCUAAUACAGGAAAUGGGGUGCCAUUUGCUAAAUGACGUAAAUGUAAAUGUAAAUUUAGGAGACACACAAUGUAAAGAUUUUUGUUGAGAAAGGUCGCGUCAAGGUGAAGUUUCUCUUAGGUACAGGUCCAGGAUCAGUUUAACCUCCCCCAAUCCUGACCUUAACCAUUAGUGGUGAAAAUGCAAAACUGACCCAAGAUCCGUCUAGGAGCAACUUCACCCUACUCCGGUAAAGACUAUCUUAGUGGAGAAUCUUAUCUCUUGUAUUUAUGUUGAAAAGACCAAGUCAAAGGGCUGUUAUUAGGGCUAUGGUGAUAUUAAUCAUAUUUAAAGCCAUAUUUACUUAAGGGAAAAUGGACCUUGAUUUUAACAGGUGUGUUUUGGGGAAAACAUGGUUGCAUAUUGUGUGCGACCCUGUCUGGUGCAAUUAGAAAAAUGUUUCUCAAAAAUUAAAUUGAUACCAUUA